AUUUAUAUAUUUUUUUAUGUUAAAUUAGCAGCUGGAUUAUAAUGAUAAGUAUUAAGCUACAAAAACAUAAAAAAAUGAAUUUGAGUGCAGAGGGUCAGUAGGGUCCUUGGUUCUCAAAAAUGUGAGGAGCACUGAUAUUCUAUUAGUACCUGACAGUCAUAUGAGAUAAAACAUUUGAAUAUAUAUUUUAGAAGAAGCAUUUUGAUUUGGUGACUGCAGAUAAUUUAAAUACUAACAAAUGCCAAAACCAUUUAACCCAUGCUGUUUAUAUCCUGUCCUAGAUUCUGUGUAAUAUUGAUGAUAUAGAAGUUUCAUAAACUCCCAAAGCCUCAUGUAUCAGUUAUGAUACCCCUGCUGUUACAGGGUUAACCUGCAUUUCUGCAGGCGUUCCUGAGCCCAUGCACCAAUUUCCAUGACAGAUUUGUAUUUUUUUAAUGCAGUGAUGCCUGAGGGCAUGAAGGUCACUGGCAUCCAAUAGUUACUUUCAUCCUUGUUCUUUGCACACGGAAAUUUCUCCAGAUUCUCUGAAUCUUUUCAUGAUAUCAUGUAGUGUAGAUUAUGAGAAGGUCAGUUUUUCAUUGAGGAACCUUAUUCUGAAAUUAAAGAUGCAUCUUUUUUGCAGCUCGUAUUUUUCAUGGAAUAUGAUAAUGUAUUUGUCAGGCUCCGGGGGAGGCUGGAGCCUAUUCCAGCUACCAGUGAGCAAGAGGCGGGGCAUACUCUGGACAGUUGCCAGUCUCUCACAGGGCUAACAGGAUAUUAUUUAAAUAUUUGAUAGAUUUUUAUGUUCCACUGGGAACAAAAUAUUGGCUCAUGAGAUUUGAAAAAUCAUUGCAUUUUGUUUUUUAUUUACAUUUAACACAAUGUUGUAGCUUUUUGGAGUUGUGUUAUAGCUGCAGAUAAACCUUCAUAAGAAAAACUGAGAUGACCAUGUUAGGAAUAUCUCCUCCCACUGACUCAAGAAAAAAACUGUCUGACACCCAUCUGAGCUCACAGAAAACUUGCACAUUCACUGAUUUAUUUAUUUUGUCCGAUUUUAAUAUGAACAUCCACCAUUUUAAGAGUAGAUAUAUGACAGAAAACAAGAAAAGGCAAUAACAGGUCCACUUUAAUCUGUUUAAAUGCUAAAUCAAACUUUAGCUUUUCUGGUGUUUUUUAUUUUAUUUUUUAUAAAUAAUUAGUGAAUUCUGUUGUUUGAAUCGGGCUUUGCUGUGUUACAAGAUCAGUGUCAAUGAAGCAAAGUGUAAGCUGUUCAUUAUCUGGUUCUAAAUGAGCUAGUCCCUCAGGUAAUAAUCUUAAAGGGCACAUAUGAAGCUGUCAAAGACUAACAGCUCCAUCACGUGGACCCUGUGGUGAACUGCAGUUUGAACUUAUGCCUACUAUUGAACUCUCAUUCAGCUCUGCAGCUGUGUAAUAGACAGACUCAGGUGUAUCUUUAGAAUAGUCCACAUUUUCUUCUGUAAUAUUUGAGUGGAUGCUCAGGAAAUUUGUAGCAAACAAAUGUUUAGAGCUAAAAUAUGCAGACUGGUGCAUGAACACAUUUCACCCCACUAUAGUUGGCAAUAAGGCGGCCUUGAAGUUUUAUUUUCUUCUACAAGAAGGCUGAAUGUCAAUGACAUGUGUCUCUUUGAUUUGACUGUAAGAGGGAAAUGGUGUGAGAUACUGAAGACUGAUGUCUCCACUGUAACUAAACAGCACUGCAUAAAUUUGCUUAAUUUCCUGAAAAUAAGUUUUAUUUUCUACAGAGCAAAAGGGAAGUUUCUGAGAAACAGACGAGGGCAUAAAGAUCACGAAGAGCACCGAAACAGGAAGGACGCUGUGGAGUCUGAGUGGUGCGUUUAUGUAGAGCGUGAGUGUGAUUUUGUGACUUUGUGGUCUGCUGAUGUGUUAACAUAACUUCUCACAAGCGGAGCACACUUCAGUUCCUCCUGUGCUGCGCGUCUGUCUGCAGGAAACGCAUUACACUGCCGGACACCCAGACUGCAGGUAAGGGCGCUUGUUUCGGCAAAGUUUCUUGCUUCAGUCCCCCCUCUGUUUCAUUUGGCGCGUGUACAGAAACCUUAGCUAGAGAGAGACAUGUAAAGUUAAGACUAAUGAGACCACAAACAUCUGCCCAGUCUCAUACAAUUAGCGGUGAGUCUGUAGAGGGUUUUUUGUUUUGUUUUUUGGUGACCGAGGUAAACUGGUUUUAGAGUACACAGAAAAAACAAAAAAAGGAACCGCUAACAGAUUAAAUAUGCAGCAUCAUGCAAUAUCUCUAAUACUGUAAACCUCUAAAGUGCAAGGUAAAGUGUUAAAAAACAGACAAAGAAAUCAAAUUUCAUUAUAUCAUAUAUUAUUUUUAGCUGUUUUGGACCUCACAAUUACACCACGUGCUCUUUACAGGUAUGCGUUCAUACAUUUUCCUACCAGAAACUUGUGAUUCAGUGCAGUUGCAUUUAUACAGCAUCCCAUGAAACUGUUUUAUAUUGUAAGGUAAAGUAAGGUAAGCACUUGGUGAUGGUGGGGAAGAAGAGACCUCCAACAGAAUCAGGCUCAGGAAUGGGCGGCCAUGCUGUGACUGGUUGCAAAGCGAUGAGGAAAAAAGACCAAAAAACAGGAUAAAUAAUUCAAUGUAAAUAUUAAUACAUGUUCAGCUAUAAAUGCAUGUGGAGUGGAAAAGAAGUGCACAGUGCAUCAUGGGAAGUCCCCCAGCAGCCUGAGCGUAUAGCACACAUGUAUACCACCUACUAAACAGUGGAACAUGACACCCACAGAGAUGUUGUAUACUCAACUUUGGUAUCAACAUAUUCAUGAUCAGCAUGUCCAGGAUAUCUUUGCCUUAUCUUCACAGAGAUGAAACGCAGUGUAAAGGCUGAGGACAAGUGAAGUUUAAGUAUCAAAACAGAACUCGGACCAGGAAGUCCGCUUAGGCUACUUGCAAGAGUCUGCAGCCAUGAGUCGGCGUCGGGUUUCGGUCAAAGACCUGGGAGCGGUGGACUGUCAGGGAUGGCUGCACCGGAAGAAGGAGAGCCGUAGCUUCCUGGGAAGCAGAUGGAAGAGAUACUGGUUUGUCCUGCAGAGGAGCUCUCUGUACUGGUACAGUAACGAGAUGGCUGAGAAAGCUGAUGGAUUCAUCAACCUGUCAGGCUUUACCAUCGAACAGGCCAAAACCUCCAGGAAGAAAUAUGUCAUAACAGCCAGUCAUCCUAAUGUAGUGACUAUUACUAUUGGUGCUGAGAGCUACAUAGAAAUGAAUAAGUGGAUCAGUAAACUGACAGAAGCAGCUGAACUAGAUGAGGCAAUCAACAGUGAAGAGCGCUACAGUGAGGGGAGUGAUCAGGAUGAAGAAGACUUGUCGUUUUCUUCUCUUGACUCUCAGCUGGAUUCAGUGGCCACCCAAAAUGGAAACCGUCUUCAGCCACCCUGGGAGUCUUUAUCCUGCACCUCACUCCCCACCGUCUCAUCAAUAAUCACUGAAAGCAGAAGUAGAACCAGCUCGGCUGGAAGCUCUAUGAGCAAAAACCGAAGACAAAGACCAGUUUCUGAGGGCAGUGGUCGUCUGUCCUGGCUGGACCUCCCCAAGCAGGAUGAAACCAGCGGAACACAGACUCCUCCUCUAAUUCAUGUUAGAGAGGAAAAAGAGGAGGACACAGUCCAGGAAAAAACGCCAGAUGAGAUGGAGAGCCUCUACAACCAUCUGAAAGCAGCCAGCGUCAAUCCAACUGGACAGACAUUUCAGAGGGACUUCAGGGCCUCAUUUAUCCGGCGAUGUAAGAAUGAAAAAGUCAACGAAAAGGUUCACCUGGUCCGGAUACUCAAAAGCACAUUAAAGGCUAAAGAGUCCGAGCUGCUGGCUUUGGAGAAGAUCCUGAAUGAACCAAAUCUCACAGCGCUCAUGUACAGGGAGUGGAGACUCUCCAACACCAUCCUGCUGCAAGAUAUCCUUCAGCACAACCAGGAAGCGGAGGGUGCCACAAGCCCAGACGGGAUAGCGUCUGAGAUUUUAGAGCUGCCCAACACUGCUGUACAGUAACGUUAUGAAGUCUGAAAGACACUGAAAGACAAAAAUGUCUAAACCCCACCAUCAUCCUGUGAUGAGAGGAAGUUGGUUCCUACUCUGGAUUGAAUAACAAUGCUACAAGUUUACUCGAGGUUAACUUUUAAAUGCUUUUCACCUCACUUCUUUUCAUGCAGCAGAUUGGAAUGUUUGUAGGUCUUUAAAGCUUAGGAAACACUGUUUUUAAUUUCAAGCCAAAACUUUAAUUUGUAUUUGAUUAAUGUUUUUUUUUUUUUUGACGAUUUGCUUUAUUUUUGUGGAUGUAUUUUUUUAAUAUAUAAUUUCUGUUUAUUUUAUUUAAAAAGAGAUGACUUCCACCAAGUAGCUUGUGUGACUUUUUUCAGUUUGUUUCUUUAGCAGGAAUACUCCAAAGGAAAUGAUGGAUCUGCAUGAUGGUUUUAUGUGAAGUGGGGAUCAUUCCAGCUUAGAAGUGACUAAAGUGUUGGAUUCAGCAACUUUUGGAAGGAUUCUUUGAAAUUGGAAAAAAAUUGACAUGUUGAGUCACAGCUUCACAAAUACUUCCAUCCAUCCAUCUUCUUCUGCUUUAUCCGGGGCCGGUUCGCGGGGGCAGCAGCCUAAGCAGAGAAGCCCAGACCUCCCUCUCCCUAGCCACCUCCU